AUGUCGAAGGACACCUUCCCCUUCACCGACACCUCCCUGCGCUCCCUGAGGCUGGAGCAGGAGCACCAGGAAUGGGAGAAUGCCCGGCGGGCCCUGGCCCACAGGAGAGCCAUGACCCGGGCCCCGCUGGCGCCUGCGCCCUUGCCUCCCCCCGCUCCCUCAGCGGGCAGAGGAGCGCCGCCUGGGCCCGGGCGGAGGAAGCUGCAGGAGGUCCGGGCGCCCCCUCCCGCGGUGCGCUGCCGAGACGUGGCCGUCCACAACACGUUCAUGUGCGGGGACAUGCGGGGGGUGUACGCGCUGCUGAAGGACCCCGCGAUGGUCAACGCGCUGAUGGAGACGGUUCACGAGGAGAUGGUGUGGACGCCGGAGAUGGGCAUGUGGACCCUGACCUCCAAGGUGAAGCAGACCUCGGCGCUGCGGCUGGCCGCCAGCCGGGGCCACGCGGGCUGCGUGGAGGAGCUGCUGUUCCGGGGGGCCGAGGCGGACGCCGACCCCGGGGGGCGCACGGCCCUGCAGGACGCCUGCGUGGGGGGCCACGCGCCCUGCGUGCGGCUGCUGCUGAACCACGGCGCCGCCCCCGACCUGAUGACCGCCGACGGCAGCGCCCCCCUGCACCUCGCCGCCGCGGCCCGGGCCCUGGGGUGCUGCGUGCUGCUGCUGGACGGCGGGGCGGAGGUCAACCUGCCGACCCGGGACUCCUGUCUGACCCCGCUGCACCUGGCGGCGCGGGCCGCCACGGAGGAGCUGGCGGAGCUCUUCCUGUCGCGCGGGGCCGACGUGCGCGCCAAGAACCGCGAGGGCGAGACCCCGCUGAACGCGGCCUGCGCGGGGGCGGAGCGGCCGGCGGAGGCGGGCCGCUACCUGCGCGUGGUGCAGCUGCUGCUGGGGGCCGGCGCCGAGCCCUUCACCGCCGGCAGGAAGCUGCACACGCCGCUGCACAACGCCUGCGCCAACUGCAGCGCGCGCAUCGCGGAGAGGCUCCUGCUGCGCGGCGCCCGCGCCGACGUGGAGAACUGCGCCGGGUACACGCCCAUGGACUGCCUGCUGCAGGUGGUGGAGGACUACCCAGGGCAGCAGCCUGAAGUCAUCGCUCGCUCUCUCCUCAACCACGGAGCAAAGCUCGCUUCACCCAAGGUCCUGAAGUAUUGUUUACUGUCCCCUGCCACGCUGGAAGUCCUGCUGAACACCUACACCAUCAUCCCUCCCUGUGGGUGGAUGGAGGCUCUGUCCAGCGACGUGUACAAGGAGCACCAGGCCUUCUUCGACCGGGUGCGUCUGCUGAGCGGACAGCCGCGGUCCCUGCAGCACCUGUGUCGCGGCGUCGUGCGGAGCUACCUGGGCGCCGCCUGUCACUCGGCCGUCGGCAGGCUGCCCGUCCCCGGCGCCCUCAAGGACUACCUCCUGCUGUGCAACGACGGCACGCUCCGGUGACCGCGGCCUGGAGGUCGGGGGUCACGGAGGAGGGAAUGGACAUUGAGGAGUAGUGCAGCUGAUUGUGUCAAAAAAAAACAACAUUGUAUAUAAAUAUAUAUAUUCUUAUUGUUUCCAUGUCUUGUUUGUUUUCUGCUGGCUAUAUGGAAGGGUGGACGGACGAUAUGCGUGGAGGUCGUAGGUCACGGAGGCGGUGAUGGAGAUUGAGGAGUGUAGCUGGUGGUGUAAAAUUUUAAAAACUCAUUGUGUAAAAAUAUAUUAUAUUCUUCUUA